UUGAGAGAGAGAAAGCAUGGUAAGGAGAGAAGGAAGAAAAACAUAAAUUUUAACUUUUCUAUUAAGUUUUUUCAAAUUCAGGUGCAUACUUUUCCUAGAGCAAUUUCGUUAUCAGUGCCGGAAAAUGCACCUCUUGGAACGAUUAUAACCAACCUAGCACCCAGUAAUGAAUCGCAGCGUUUCGAAUUCCAAAAACCCGGUACUCCAGACGACUAUCCAAUUCGGAUACUUCCAUCCGGCGAAGUAUAUGUUGCUUCCGAAAUUGAUCGCGAAACCUUAGAGUAUUUUUCUAUUCCCGUUACUGCUAUAACAGUGGAUAAGGAUGGAUUUUCAAGCAAACAGGAUUUUGUGCUCCGAUUGUAUAUAGAAGAUCUCAAUGAUAAUGCGCCAGAAUGUCCCGAACAAAACAGAUUCGUCGUAUCUGAAAAUAACAUUCCUGGAGCUAUCGUAGGAGUAUUCAGUGCCAUUGAUAGGGAUAGCGGCUUAAAUGGCACAGUAUUUUAUGAAUUGAUGUACGACAAUAGCAAAAUAUUCAAUAUCGACCGAAAUUCUGGAGUCAUCCGCGUAUUGUCAAUCCUGGAUUUUGAAACAACCCAAUCCUACAACAUCACAGUGCUUGCAACAGACGGAGGUUCUUUGAAAACAAAAUGCACGGCCGUAAUUGAAGUGAUCGAUUUGAACGAUAAUGCUCCACAGUGGGAUCGAAAAUUUUACCACUUCAAUACUUCUGCGACAAUUGACAAUGGUACCUUCAUUGGUACGUUAAUGGCUCAGGAUGGAGAUUCCCGAAGAAAUGCUGAAAUACGAUACAAACUGCGUCAAAAAUGGAUGCCCUUCAAGGCCUUUCUUUUCGCAUGA